GUAUUUUAGGGCUUUAGUUUAUACGCCUUGCCCACUUUACGUUUCCCCUUCAGUUCACUAUCAUCUUUCUGUCGCUUAACAUGGCCUCUGCGAGAUCCUCAAUCUAUCAAGAUUUGUCCGAGAUUUAUGAUAACGUUAUAAAUAAGGAACAUCCCAGAAAACUCAUCCCGGAAUUAUGUAAACAAUUUUACAACCUAGGCUGGGUAACCGGAACAGGCGGUGGAAUAAGUAUCAAACUAGACGAUGAAAUUUAUAUUGCUCCUUCCGGUGUGCAAAAGGAAAGAAUUCAGCCUGAUGAUUUAUUUAUACAAAACAUAGAUGGAGAUGAUUUACAGCUUCCAGCGGAAUAUAAAAAACUUACAAAAAGCCAAUGUACACCGCUCUUUAUGUUGGCGUAUCGCGAUAAAAAUGCCGGCGCUGUAAUACACACCCACAGUCAAGCCGCGGUGCUUGCAACGCUUUUAUGGCCAGGAAGAGAAUUUAGGUGUAGCCAUUUAGAGAUGAUAAAGGGCAUAUACGACUAUGAGUUGGAACGCAACCUGCGCUUUGACGAAGAGCUAGUGGUACCCAUAAUCGAAAAUACUCCUUUCGAGAAAGAUCUGGAAGAACGGAUGUGCUUAACAAUGAAAGAAUAUCCUGGUACUUCAGCCAUUCUGGUUCGAAGGCACGGUGUGUAUGUCUGGGGACAUACUUGGCAAAAAGCCAAAGCAAUGGCGGAAUGCUACGAUUAUCUAUUCUCUUUGGCCGUUGAGAUGAAAAAAAUGGGCUUCGAUCCUAACGAAGUUCCUAAAUACUAUCGGAACAACAAGUAAUACGAGUAUCAUAAGACAUUGAACGACAACUUGAAUCGUGAAAAAUCAAAGUUAACUAUAAGUAUAACAUACCAAAAAAAUCAAAGAUAAAAGUUUUAACUCAACCUGUUAAAGUAUAUCACAAAGAAAGUAUAUGUAGAUUUUUAGAAAACCAAGGUAUAUUGAAAGUGCACAAUAAAAUUAGUAAUAAAUCUAUGAGUAACUAUGUUUUGAUUUAGUUUAUGAAAAAACCUUAUGACAAAUAAAAGAAUAUAAUCAAUGAAUA